AUGGGUACCGCCAUACACUGCUGGUGUCUCGAUAACUGGAAACGGCUCGUUAUACCAUGCGGAAGGAGUUUGUUGGCCAAUGAAGGUUUUGUGCUUGGAAAUAACGCAUUUCCUAUUCGAACUACAUUAUUGAAUUCUAGCGGCGGAAGAGCAAGAGUUACUGCUGAUCAAUAUUUUCAAUUACCUAAUCAAAUUCCAUUAGUGACGUCGGGUUAUGAGGAACUUGGUAAUAUGUUUGGAUGA